AUGCAGAGUGUUCUGCGUCUCAGUGUAAUUAGGAAUAUGUCUGGAAGUGUUAAAGUCGUGCAGCCGCCAUGGCAGAAGCCAGUGCGUGCCGCAGAGCAACCAGUGUUGAAGCUGUACAACUCGCUUACGCGCACUAAGGACGAGUUUAUCCCACUGUCUCAAGGCCGGAAUGUGACCUGGUACUCCUGUGGACCAACGGUGUACGAUGCGUCUCAUAUGGGCCAUGCGAGAAACUACGUGAGCAUUGAUAUUAAUCGCCGGCUUAUCGAGGAUUACUUUGGGUACCACGUAGAGUUUGUACAAAAUGUGACGGACAUUGAUGAUAAGAUCAUUCUUAGGGCCAGGCAGGAGCAUCUGUACGCUGAGUAUGUUGCAGCACACCCUUCUGUCGAUCAAUUAGUGCUGGCAGACGCGACGGAGGCUGUUGUACAGUACUUCCGCAAGCACUUGAAUCCGGAUUUGACUACUAUUUCUGCUUACGAACAGUGGUAUGCAAAGCUGGACCUAGCCCGUGAGCGUGAAGCAAAUGCCAAGUUUGCGAUGCAUACCGCUGCGGUUGGGCGCGCGUUGGAUGCUCUUGAGAACCCGACUGUGCCUGGCUUCCUGACUGCGGUGAAGGAUGUGCUUGUGCCAUUAUUGGAUGGGCGCUCUGGUGCCAGUGUUCGCGACCCAGAUGUGUUUCGGGCCUUGGCCGCGCACUGGGAGAACAGCUUUAAUGCAGAUAUGGAGCGGCUAGGCGUGCGCCCACCGUCGGUCACUACUCGUGUGUCGGAGUACGUGGACGAGAUCGUGAAAUUCAUAGAGCGCAUCGUGGCAAACGGCUACGCCUAUGCAACGAGCGACGGCUCAGUCUACUUUGAUACCGUGCAGUUCGAGGCAGGCGGCCAUGCUUACCCCAAGUGCCAGCCAUGGAACCGCGGGGUUGCGGACCUCAUCGCGGACGGGGAGGGCGCUCUUGCGACAGGGACGGAAAAGCAGAACCCUAACGACUUUGCUUUGUGGAAGGCCUCGAAGGCUGGUGAGCCCGAGUGGCCAUCUCCAUGGGGGCUGGGACGCCCGGGCUGGCAUAUCGAGUGUUCUGUCAUGGCGAGCGAUGUCCUAGGAGAGCGUGUGGACAUCCAUUCCGGUGGGAUUGACCUGGCGUUCCCGCACCACGACAAUGAGUUGGCUCAGGCGGAGGCUUGUUUCAACUCGCAGCAAUGGGUUAACUACUUUCUGCACACUGGCCAUCUACACAUCGAGGGGCAGAAGAUGUCCAAGUCGCUUAAGAACUUCAUCACAAUCGACGAGGCCCUUAAGAUGUACUCUGCGCGGCAGUUGCGUCUGGCAUUCGCGAUGUCGCCUUGGGGCUCGCCGCUGGAUUUCAAGGAGGCGACAAUGGUGCAGGUCCGCGGCUGGGAGAGCGCGAUGGGUAACUUUUUCCGUACUGUACGCGCCCUCGCGAACGACGGUGACGGCAAGACGCGCCCAGGUGUACGGGAGGCGGAGCUGCGCGCGCAUUUGGCUGAUGCCGCGGCACGCGUGCAUGAGAAUUUGUGCGACAAUUUGAGCACGCACUCCGUGCUGCGGUGCCUCGGCGAACUGGUAGGGCGCGCGAACGCGUAUAUCGGUGCAGCAGGCCCAGAGGCACGCGUGGAGAGCGUAGCCGCGGUGGCGCGUUUUUGUACGCGGAUUCUAGCCGCGAUGGGCAUCCCCGCUCGCGCGGACGGGCUCGGCUGGUUGGAGCAGCAGGCUGGUGCUGCAGAGGCUGGCGAGGCGGCCAUUUUGCCGUACGUUCGGUGUCUCGCGCGCUUCAGGGACGAGGUGCGCAAAGGCGCACGGGGCGGAGAUACCGCACGGCUGCUGGCGAUUACGGACCGUGUGAGAGAUGUAGACUUGCCGGCGCUUGGCGUGUUGCUGGAGGAUCGCCAGGACAGGCCGGCGCUUGUUAAGUUUGCCACGCCGGAGGAGCUGAAACAGCGCGAGCUGGAGGCGGAGGAAAAGGAGAAGGCAGCACGCGCGGCUGUACGGGCGAAGGAGGCUGCAGCCGCACGGGAGGAGGAGCGCCGCGCACGCGCCAGGGUGCCGCCGACGGAGAUGUUUCGUGGCAAUUCAGCGUAUAGCGCUUUCGAUGCUGACGGAGUCCCCACGGCGGACGCAGAGGGCGAGCCAUUGAGUAAGUCUAUGUGCAAGAAGCUGCGGAAGCAGUGGGAACAGCAGAAGAAGGCAUACGAUGCAUGGGUGGCCGUUUCUGGUGAGGAGAGGGGUAUGUAG